AUGGGUUCCAGUUCUGACGAAGUGGCCUUCGAUUUCACACCCUUUAUCAAAAUCUACAAAGACGGUCGCGUACAGAGACUUGCAGGCUGCGAAGUCAUUCCGCCGUGUAAGGAUCCCGGAACAAAUGUGGAAUCAAAAGACGUGGUAAUCUCAAAAGACGAUGACGUAUCAGCCAGGAUAUUCAUUCCCAAACUCACCGAUCAAACCCAAAAGCUCCCUCUCCUCGUCUACUUCCACGGUGGGGGGUUCUGCAUAGAAACACCAUAUUCACCUCCAUACCAUAACUUCCUCAACUCAAUUGUUUCCGAGGCCCACAUCGUCGGUGUGUCGGUUCACUACAAGAGAGCCCCAGAGCACCCUGUUCCCAUAGCUUACGAAGAUUCAUGGACUUCGCUCAAAUGGGUAGCGUCUCAUUUAAACGGAAACGGCCCUGAGGAGUGGCUCAAUCGCCACGCUGACUUUGGGAAGGUUUUCUGCGGUGGUGAUAGUGCGGGAGCAAACAUCGCACACAACAUGGGUAUUCGGGUCGGGACCCGAGGGCUUCCGGGUUUCAACAUUGACGGAAUUCUUUUGGUGCAUCCGUACUUUUGGGGCGUGGAGCGAAUUGGAAGUGAGGCCCAAAAGCCAGAACUUCAUGCAGCGGUGGAUAAGUUGUGGCGUUUUGCUUGCCCCACCUCGACAGGAUCCGACGACCCGUUGAUCAACCCGGCUACGGACCCGAAUCUGGGGAAGCUAGCUUGCAAGAGAGUGGUGGUUUUUGUUGCAGAGAAUGAUUUGAUGAAAAAUAGGGGCUGGUAUUACAAGGAUUUGCUGGAGAAGAGUGAGUGGCAGGGUGUUGUGGAGGUGAUGGAGGCAAAAGGAGAAAACCACGUGUUUCACUUGUUCAAUCCAUAUUCUGACAACGCUGUUGCCCUGCUCCAUCGAAUUGCUUCCUUCAUCAACCAUAGUUAA